CUUGCUCUCUUAUCCUCCGUAGAAAAUAAUUCCAUUUCAGUUACUAAAAAAAACAAAAAUGGGUACAAUGCAAAUGUGCAAGCCUGGUCAAGUUAAUUGUGAUGAAACUAAACACUCAAAAAAGCACCAUUUCCACUUCUGGCAGAAGCAAUUGCAAGGAAAUGAGCAGCAAGCAAUUAAGAAGCAACAAGCCGAUAUAGGACAACCUAAUAAGCAAUAUGGGACUAAUAAUGAACACAAAAAUGGUGGCAACAAGCAGCAUCACGAGGCGGUUAUUAUUCAACCUCGUGGUCAGAAACUAAGACAGUGCUUUGGCCAUGGAGGCGGCCUUGCUGGUUCAGAUAUCGAUGAGGAAACAGAGACUAUUGUUAUAGAGAGGAGGAUCAAAGAGAGGAUUGUUAUAAGCCAUGCUAAGAAGACUCAUGAUCAUAAGGAAGGAGUCAAGCAUUUGGAUAGAUGCUAAAUCAGCUAAUAUAUGAAUUGAAGCUGCUCAGGGUUGAAAUCUCGCUGUUACAAAUAAAAUAAUACAGUUAUUUAUGCUUUUUCUUUUUGGUAGUAAUGUUUGCACUUACUUUAGCACUUCCUAUCACUAGCUAUUUUAUUAUGGGGAAAUGAUUUUGGCACAUCAAAAUUUAAUUUCGGUAUACUCAUUCUGAGAGACUGAGAGCAUACUUUUGUAUGGUGUUCUCAGCUCACAUGAUCCAAGGUGUGCCAAAAUUAAUAAAUGGCGUGCCAAAAUCAAUUAAUUUCCGCUACUAUCUACGAGAUGUGAAUAAGUUUGGAUGGUGCUUGUGAAUUACACUCAUGACAAAUUUUUUAAGUCCGCUAGCUAUCAUUGUCCUUGUAUGCCAAGGGUAUUUUGAUGUAAGUUCUUCGUUGUGUUAUUUUGUUGAAGUUAUUGUUGCUA